AGGCGUCCCCCUAACCUCUCUCUGGGCUCUGUUCUCCGGGUGCCCGGGGCGCGCGGGGGCUCCUCUGCGGCUGACCGGUUUGCUUCUGACUGCGCUUCGCUUCCUGGGGUGUCUGAUCUUUAAUCGCAAUGCCUCCUCCGCAGGGCGACGUGACUGCUUUAUUCCUGGGGCCUCCAGGCUCGGGAAAGUCUGCACUGAUCUCCGCGUUGUGCGGCAAGAACGUGGAGACUGUAGAGAUCCCCGAAGCACGGCCGGAAUCUGGGGUCCCAAACCUGAGAACUGCGGGCCCCGGCCUCUUCCUAGGCGAGCUGAGCUGCCCACCCGCGGCGCCAGGGCCCUGGGCUGCCGAGGCCAACGUGUUGGUAUUGGUACUACCCGGACCUGAAGGGAAUGGGGAGCCCUUAGCCCCAGCUCUGGGAGAGGCAGCGCGGGCUGCCCUGGCUCGAGGGACCCCGUUAUUGGCUGUGCGGAGUCUGCGUCCUAGCGAGUCACAUAAUGAGGUCCAGGCCCGGGAUCAGACAGAGGCCUUGCUGGACAGCGCCGGGCUAGGAGCGGCUUCCCUUUUCGUGUUGCCGGUGGACUACGGCAGCGGCGACCACUGCGAGGAGCUAGAACGCCUGCGGGCGGCGCUGCGGAGCCAGGCCGAGGCGCUGCAGAGGUUCCUGCCACCGGCCCAGGAUGGUUUCGAGGUGCUGGGUGCUGCAGAGCUGGAGGCGGUGCGUGAGGCCUUUGAGACCGGUGGCCUGGAGGCGGCAUUGUCAUGGGUGCGAGCAGGCCUGGAGCGCCUGGGCAGCGCCCGGCUGGACCUGGCAGUGGCCGGCACCUCCAACGUAGGCCUUGUGCUGAACGAACUACUCGGGUUGGAUCCUGGGGACCCAGGAGCUGUGCCUGCUACAAUGCCCACGGUGCCCACCGCCUUCCCGGCCCCGGAGCGCCCCAAUGUGGUGCUGUGGGCCAUCCCUCUGGACCCCAUGGGGGCGACCCCCGCCCCCACCUCUCACCCGAGCCACUACGACGCCCUCAUCCUCGUCACCCCGGGGGUCCCCACGGACAACGACUGGGCCCAGGCCCGUGGAUUGGUGUCGCCCGAUGCGCCGCUGGUGUGUGUGCGAACCGAUGGCCAGGGCGGGGAUCCCCCCGAGGCACGGGUGGACGAGGACAUGUGGGAGAAGCGCAGUGGCGGGGACGGCGGCGGGCACCUGAGCAGCCCGGGCGAGAAGGUGGGGGAGAAGCCUGGCGCCGGAUCGCCAGGUUUGGAGGCGGGUGGCGGCGAUCGCGCGCGGGCCACUGAUGCCCGGACCUCGGGCAGCGCCGAGUCCGAUCGCGGGGGGCCCUGCAGCCCCGAGGACGAGACGUGGGAGGUGCUGGAGGCCGCGCCGCCGCCCGUCUUCCCGCUGCGGCCCGGGCUCCCGGCUCUGGGCGCCUGGCUGCGGCGCGCGCUGCCCGCGGCACAGGCCGGGGCGCUGCUGCUGGCGCUGCCCCCGGCGUCUCCGGGCGCGGCGCGGAGCAAGGCGGCGGCGCUGCGGGCCGGGGCCUGGAGACCCGCACUGCUGGCCAGCCUGGCGGCCGCGGCGGCCCCGGUGCCGGGGCUGGGCUGGGCGUGCGACGUGGCGCUGCUGCGGGGUCAGCUGGCGGAGUGGCGGCGGGCGCUGGGGCUGGAACCCGCGGCGCUGGCGCGGCGCGAGCGGGCGCUGGGCCUGGCCCCCGGGGCGCUGGCGGCGCGCGCGCGCUUCCCGGGCCCGGUGACGCGCGCCGAGGUGGAGGCCCGGCUGGGCGCCUGGGCCGGGGAGGGCACGGCCGGGGGCGCGGCGCUCGGCGCCCUCUCCUUCCUGUGGCCCGCGGGGGGCGCCGCCGCCACCGGGGGCCUCGGCUACCGCGCGGCGCACGGGGUCCUGCUGCAGGCCCUGGAGGAGAUGCGGGCGGACGCCGAGGCCGUGCUGGUGCCUCCCGAGCCCACCCCGUGAGGGAUCCGGAUUCUCCCUUAGAAUUGUGGGGG